CCCAAAAGCAUCUCGGUAAUACGUGAGUUCAGUGUGUACCACUUGGACGUUUUGUGCUUUUUGGUCGUCAUCCCGCUAUUUGACGAGAGCAGAUGCCACGAGCAGUCUUGUCCGAUCACGCUGUUUACCGUUGCACAGCUUAUCAGUCUCCCUGGUCUGUAUCACAUCACUGGAAGCUUUGGGGCUAUUCGUGGAUCGAACGAAUGGAUUGGAUGGUUCUGUACCUGCAAACUCCCCCCCAGUCAGCCCCGUGCCUAGCUCCCCGUAAAGGCCCCGUAGCUCCAGUGCGAGCAAUGUCGCUUUAUCCUUGGCGUUUUAAGGGUACCUCGACAAGAAACGGGGAGAGAGCCACAGGCAGAACGACCUGAUCCUGUGCUAGCUUGGUUGUGCCUGUUAGGGACCUUGCACAAGAGCAGAAGCAUUGAUUGAAUCUCGGGCUGGGCUGGGACGGGAGUGACCUAAGGUACAGCACAGUACAGGGGCGGUAGAGGUAGAGGAGGGAGGUACGUACCCACUCAUCACCGCCCCGACUGGAACCUUGAAUUUCAUCUUUCUUUUGCAUCUUCACUUACCUUUCCUCGGACAAACCCCAUAAACAACAUCGAAUAAUCCAGCCUCUCCUUCGAGAAUAGGUUGGCUUCCCGGGACCCUGCUGACUGCUGUCUUGAAUUACGAUUCACAUCGUCAACUGCGACCCGUCAGCGACUCUGCGCCUUUUGCGGCGCUCUCUGGGACUAUGGUCGUUAAGGAAUUCCUCGACUCGGAUAGAGUCAACUUUCUUGUUUGGAGGUUCGUCACUACUUCGCGUCCUCGACUCGCAAUCACCGCGCCUAGUCGCCUUCUCGGCAUCACCUUUUCCCCCUACCGCUGGACCUUUUUGCUGACCAUGAAUUUCUGCGCGCCUACAGAUUUCUUCUUGAAGGCAGUAUGUAUUACGUCUGCGCGCUCACGGCGCCACAGCUAAUCUAACCACACUCGCCCACAGAUUAUCGAGAGACUGCUGCCAAAUUUCAAAAGGAGUGGCACGUCAAGCAACCUCACAGGGAAUUCGCCUUUGCGCCCCACGUCAAGAGCCAUGCAUUGGUUUCAGUGAUUAAUCGUGGCCUUGUUUACCACGCGCUUGAGCGUGAGCAUUUACGGAAACUGGUAAGUAAUCUUUUUGGGGAAUCAUUGCAAUCUAUCGAGAGUUUCGGCGCUGCGCCUGUUCCCCCACCCAUUAAGGCGAGGUGGGCUGUAUUCAUGACAAGGCCAAAUUUCCAAAACGGUCAGAGGCUGACAAAAUUCACCAUAUGCAGCUGCCUCAGGAUGCAGCAGCGGAAGCAGCCGACUCGCUGCAGAUGGGCAUUUUUGGACCUCUGGACGCGCAUCCACAAGGAAGAAUUGAGGCAGACGAAGAGGAAGAUGCGGAAGGAGAGGAAAUUAUCGAAGAGGAGGUUACGAGGAAACGUGCCCCUCAGCAAUUAUCGAAUGUGUCGCCAGCAAAACGACAACGGUUAAGCAAUGGGUUGGAGAAUGGCGCCGAUGCACCGGCUGCAGUAACGGUGCCAGCAUCAGCACCAACGGCAACAACAGCAACAGGAACAGGAACGGAUUCCACCACAGCAGCACCGGCACCAGUAACGACACCUAUGGAAAUUGACAACCAGCCUGAUAACCAUGCAUAUCCUUCACCUCUCGAGGGUGAGCAAGCGCCAGAGCCAAUUGUGCGGACUGACGGCCCUGAACAGGGAACCCAGGUAGACAAGGUCGAGGAGCUGGCUCCCGAGACGACCUUUAUCCGUUUGGUAUAUGACGGCCAGAAUCAAAUUCAGGGAAACCGAGGCGCUACGCCAUCACCUUCCUCGCCCUCUGGGCAAGACAAUGCUCCCAUCCUUUUGCGAUGCGAGUGGAACCCAAGAGAUCCGUCCAUCCUCGCAGCUGGUGGCACCGAUGCGCUAGCCCGUGUUUGGACAGUCCCUCGCGCGGGCCCCAUCGAGCCGGGCCAAGAUCACGUGUCACUUCAAGGUCACUCCCUUAUCGAUCGUGAUGUGCCCCGCGAUACCAUAACGACGGCCAUGUCGUGGACCAGCGAUGGCGCUGCAAUUGCAGUAGCCACAGACUCGAGGAACCAUGCCUCGAUCAAUGUGUGGUCCGCUGAAGGCGCACAUCUGCAGUCAAUGGAAUUAUCAGAGCCUCCAAUCAUCAAGAUGCUAUGGAACCCUAACAACACAGCUCUACUAGCCAUUUCCCCGGACAAGGGUGGUACUCUUAUUACCGUUCACUACCCGCCCGCUGGAAACUCUCUGUCAUAUGUCCUCCCGGACCACAAUAUUGAUGCUACACCUUUCGAUGCAGCGUGGACUGGAGAAGCAGAAUUCUUGCUAUGUGGUGGCGACCUAAUGCUAUGCCUCCAAUGCACAGAAACAACGAUAGUGCAGGCCAGAAAAUUUGAGACCAAGGACGACGAUCUAUUUUCCCAGGUCCUUUUCGACGGACGUUCGCGACUGGCCGCUACGUCCAGCGACAAGGGCACACUUGACCUGUGGGAUGAGAGUGGUCAGCGAAGGUCCAUAUCUGCGCACCAAGGCACCAUUACUGCGAUGCAAUGGCAGCCUCUGCCCGAAAACCAAUCUGGACCUGACGACGAGCGUUUAAUUGCGACUGGAGGAGACGACUGUGCAAUUCUUAUCUGGAAUGCUCGAAUGCCCGAAAGCAAGCCCAAGUGCUUCUUGACCAUGGAUUCACCAAUUAUGAGGCUCGCUUUCACGCCAGACGGUGCAUUUAUCGCGGGCGCGACAUCAACUCAGAUCUUGAUUUGGAAAGUUGGAAGCUACGCUGUGCCGCGAGCAAGCUGGAGUCGACCGGUGCAUCCAGGCUGGCUCAGCCCCAAGGCCAGUGCCGAGACGGACGAAGAAGAUGAGCACUGCUUGUGCUGGGAUGCUGAUGGCCAUAAAUUGGCCUAUGGCUCCAAUAGCAGGCUUGCCAUCAUCAACUUCCGAAGAUGACGACUACACCAAAAAGGAUAACGUUUGCAACAUUAAUAGGAUCUAGAUGUGCGAGGAGGCAGUACGGAAGCCCUCAUGCCAAUUCGCUACAAGAAAAGGCGGCUUGUUCAGGCACGUCUUAGGAAGACAGUCGAAUGGACUGUGAUGCGAAAUGGGUAUGGUUGGAAGCCCUUAAUGUCUAUUCCCGCUUGGACAUGGUUGAAGCAACCAUUUGUACGAAACUGCGAACUCGCGAAAGCUCUCUCUUGUAUAACACGACGACGAACUACGGCUGGCUGGCCACGAGGGUGAAAACUGAACUCUCUGAUUGGCACAUACACAACACUAUCUGGGCACCUCUCUACGCACGAACUCUUUGUUGAAUGAAGGAACAUGGAUAGAGGUUAUAGGAGUACAAACGACAUUGCUUUCAUCGCAUUACCUUUGUUUUCUUUUCUUUGUCUUUUCUAGGAUCCAGGGGUUCUGAGGGCGGGCUGGUUUACCACGGGAGGUGAAGGCAUACGAAGGGCAAGCAAAGUACUGGGGAUGCGGUCUGAUCUGAGAUUUGGGUUCUUGGGGAGCAUCAUACCCAGUCUUGACGGUGUUAUUGUUUUUAGGGGGGGCUUCUGCGUUAUUUGUACGAUUAUAUACCAUCUGGGGUGAUGAAACGGCGCAGAAAAACACAAGAGGCUUGUUUUUACAUAUAAGGAGUUGAGAUUGGUUCUAGCCAAACCGACGAUGUCAGUAAAGCAAUAGUUUCAAAGAAAAUAACUAACAUUAUGACGUAUCGCCGCCAACUACCCAGAGUGAAAAUGGGGGCUCGAAUGGGAGGGAAGAGGCGCAGUAACAUAUUGGGUCAACAAGGUGACCUACAUAACUUGCAGUUUGUUGGCUCGAUACCGAGAUGAAAAGUAAUGGUGUAAAGACGGACGGAAGAGAUGCACUCGA